AUGUCUGAGCAACCUCCCCAGCCAGGCCCCCAGCCUGGGCAGAUUCCCAUGCCGCAACCUGGGCAGCGACCUACACCCGAGCAGAUUCAGGCAAUGCAGCGCCAACUCGCCAUCGAUGCUGAGAAGAACGGCAUGACUGUCCCUGAAUUUAUCGAGCACAUCAAGAGACAAGCGCAAGAGCAAAUGAGAAUGCGCGCACAACAGCAACAGCAAGGUCAUGAUCACGACCACGACCACGACCACAACGGUCAUUCUCAUGAUCAUGGUCAACCUCCCCAGCAGGGUCGCGCCCAGCCUAUUACGCCGGGACCCCCAAACCCCAAGGCCAUUGCUCUUGCCUCGUUUCUUCGAGGCCAGGAUCUCAAGCCCAGGACCGUGAUUCUCAACGGCGAGCGAAAGGACAUGUUUCGAGUCAAGCGAGCCCUCCGAGCUCUUCAGUCCCCCGCAUAUGAGAAGGCCCGCAAGAAGAACCCUCUUCUCCCCGAGAUCACCGACAGAGCUUCUCUCGAGAACACAUUCAAGUUGUUGCCCCUGAGCAUGCUUGCUCUCCGAGUUUCCAAGGUCGAACCGCAGGCAGGCCCUAACGGAAAGAAGCCCAAGCGUGUCAAGGGACAGUGGACUGUCAAGAUUGAGCAGCAACAAGAGGCAAAGGAAGACAUGUACUACUGCUGGCUGUGGGAAGGUAGCCAGCUCAAGCGCAAGAUCUACGCCGGUCUCGCACUCCUUGCUAUCUUCGCUAUCGUCUUGUACCCUCUGUGGCCUCUGGUGCUGCGCCAGGGUGUCUACUACCUCAGUUGGGGACUCCUUGGACUGCUCGGACUGUUCUUCCUGAUGGCCAUCUUCCGAGUUAUCCUGUUCUGUAUCACCUACUUCACAACACCACCUGGACUAUGGCUAUUCCCCAACUUGUGGGAGGACGUUUCUUUCAUGGACAGUUUCAGACCCGUUUGGGCUUGGCACGAGACCGAGAAGAAGAAGAAAAAGAAGAAGUCUGCUGCCCCUGGUACCACCCCCAACCCCGCCUUCGCAGCCGCUACUGGUCAAGUUAACACAAGUGCGACUACAACUGGCACGGAUACUCAGGUCAAGACUGGUGGUGUGCAGCAGCGACACUACGAGGCCCCACGAGUUGAAGAGCUCGAUGACGACGAGUAG